CUUUGAAUGUAUACAUCACGGAAAAUACGCUUAAUUCUAUACAUAGACGGAUAGAUAAAUAUAGAUGGCUCGAUAGACAGAUUAAUAGAGUAGCAAGAACAUAGGCAAAUAAACAUAUUGACGCGAAUAUUCAGGCUUGUCGCAUCCGGAAUACCGUUCGCGUAAGUAAUCCGGAAUACCAGAUUCACUUACGCGAACGCUCGGUGUUUGUUUACAUCUCUCAGUAGUGUUCUUGCUUCCUCAUCGUCGGAGGGUCGGAGUGGCGAGGCCCUUGACUGGGUUGUGGAAAGGCGUAUUUUUUCUAGAGAAGAACUAAGAUUAGAAAAAAGUGACUUUUCCCGCAUUGUUUGAAGUGAAAGAUGGAGUAUUCGAAAGAAAAGGUCUUGUCGCUUAUCAAGGAGAAGGAUAACGUCGAGCAAAAUAUCAAGGAGUUUUGGGAUAUUUUGAAGACGAAUAAUGUGGGGAUGAAUGAUCCAUUGAUAGAUCAUGAAGGCUACCCUAGAUCUGAUAUUGAUGUCUAUCAAGUACGUCAUGCCAGACACCAAAUCAAAUGUCUUCAAAACGACCACACAGCUCUCCUGAAACAGAUUGAGGAAGGGCUUGUUGCAGUCCACAGUCAGGCACGCACUGCAGAGGCUGACCCCAAUGGUGUGAAUGUCCCUCCUCCACAGCCCACCUUCGAGCCUUUUGCUAAAGUUGACCAUGUGACACUAGGAUCUCCAGCACAUAUAGCGGGCCUACAGGAAGGCGACCAGAUCGGAAAGUUUGGAUCGGUGGUUAGCAGCAACUUCCGCAACAUGACUAACAUUGCGGAAAUUGUGAAUCACUCAGUGAACUCCACAAUUCAGGUCAUUGUCCAGAGAGAAGAGCAGAGUGUGACAUUGUCCCUUACUCCACGACCAUGGUCUGGUAGAGGACUUCUAGGCUGCAACAUCGUCCCUAUUGAAAGAUUGGAUCGAUAAGAACCAAA